UUUUUUUUUAACCUCCAAACAUAAAUCGAAGCGCUGCUGCGGCACGUGAUCCGUCGGUGUCACGUGACCAGCUCAAAGGUGGAGACGCUUCUUCCUGAUCGAAAGGUAAUGCAAACAUGACCACCCGGAGGUACAAAACUGUUGUUCAGGGAGAAGCCUCAGAGACUGAUUCAGAGGAAGAGGUUUAUCUGUCCUCCGUUCCCCAGGCUUCAUGUCCCAACCUUUCCGGCGUAAAAAUUGCUGGGGAGGCCUCUGAAACAGAUGAGGAGGAAGGUGCAAGCCCCUGUAGGCCAAAAGCAGAGCCUAAAUUGAUCGGCACAGACUUGCCUCCACUGAUUGUUUUCAGGAAUGAGGAUCUGGGGUCCCCCACAGCGGUUGAAGAGAAGCCUGCCCUUCGUAUCAGACAUCGCGGCCGCUACAGCACUUUGCUACAGCAGAAGCUGAUCGAGAGCAAUGCCCGCUUGUACUACGAUGUCAGCAGCACCGUCAAGCAAGUGUACCAGACUGCUAUCAAGGAGAUUGGGGCCAUAACUGGACAGCUCAGUAACUCCCAAAACGGCAUCAUCAGCGCAUCACACAACAUCCGGCUUGUCCUGGAGGACUUGCGUGCUGUUGCAGAAAAGAUAGACAUCAUCACCAGCUGCAACCUGCUGCCUGAUAUCCAGAUAGAGCUACCUCCAGUAAACACCUAGCUGGUUCUAGAACAAUAGCUAGCCAAUUAACUGCUUUUUGCAGGCAGUUAAAGGUGUUGAGAGAGAGAGAGAGACUGCUGCAACUCUGGCCAUAAGGUGCAAUAAGAAACUGGAAUAGAAGCUUUUGACUCAAAACUUUUGAUGCCUAGUGUUUCAAUCACACUUGUAUAUCCUGUAAUAAUCUUGCCUAAAUAGUCCAGCAUGGUAGAGUCAAAGAAAAUUAAACUGCUCUUGAUAAA